AACGUUAAUAAGACGGAUUAGAACUGACAACUGCAGUGCAAACUGUGCAGCACCCGAGUACAUACUUAUUUUUAUUUUACAAAAAUUUCGGUGCAUGGUUCACAUUAUAACUGUAAAAUUGUAUGAGAAUAUACUUUAAAUAUAAGGUUGGAUUCCAUAGAUGUAAUUUAUUUUCUGUGCAGUGAUAUUUGGCUUUGUACUAUUGAAAAUGCAGGACCCCAAUGAGGACACCGAGUGGAAUGAUGUUCUGCGGGCGAAGGGAAUACUUCCUCCGAAAAAGGAAAAGGAAAUAACCGAAGAUGACAUUAUCGGAAUGAUUGAGAACACCAUAGAACAGAAGCAGAAUCAAAGCAAAGACCUCUCGAACAUGGGCUUAGAUGAACUGGACGAGCUGGAAGACUCCGAGGACGAAGCUAUACUGCUCGAGUAUCGCAAAAGGCGGAUAGCCGAAAUGCAAGCUGCAGUUCAGAAGGCUAAAUUUGGGUCUGUUAUGGAGAUUUCUGGCCAGGACUACGUUCAAGAAGUCACCAAAGCCGGACAGGAAAUUUACGUAGUUUUGCAUCUAUACAGCCGAGGCGUUCCGUUCUGUUCGCUGAUCAAUCAGCACCUCGCCCAGUUGGCCGUGCGAUUCCCGGCAACUAAAUUCAUCAAAGCUAUCGCCACCACAUGUAUUCCCAAUUAUCCCGAACGCAAUUUGCCGACUAUCUUCGUGUACUAUGAGGGCCAAAUGAAGAAGCAGCUGGUGGGGCCUGUCGAGCUGGGCGGACCCAACCUGAGCUGUGAGGAGCUGGAGUACAUGCUGGGACAAGCCAAGGCCAUCGAGACGACCAUCACGGAGGAUCCUCGUAAGGCAAGGGCUGUCAAGGAUAAGAUGUUUGCGGAUCUGGCGGACAGUAAUGAUUGGUGAUCAGCUUUUUUCUAAGUUAUAUUUUGUAAUCGCCAAAAUCAUCGUUAUCACAAUGCAAUAAACAUUUAUUACAUUUAACUAAGUCUAA